AAAGAAGGUCCGUUUUCGUUCGUGUUUCGAAUACUCAGAAAUUGAGGUUAAUCAAGACGAACGUGCGUUGCGCAUGCUACAGCAAAUAAUGUUUAGAAAUGAAUUAUCUUUGGAGGACUUCGUGAGGAAGUCUAUGUGAAUCAGAAAUGCUGCCUUGCAGCAGGUCUUACGUCCUGCACUGGACAGAAUGAGCAAACCACAGACUGUGACCGGCAGCUCUUGUGUCAGGACUGAAGCAGUUGAAAACCAGGUGUUUGUAAAUGAGACAUCAGUCCCCACUGAUGGCAGCAAACACGUCCCAGGGGGUAAAGUGCAAGGGAAGAAAAAGGAGCAGUCAUCAAAGAUGACACAACAUUGUAGGACUAUGAACAAGAGUCAGAUAACACGUCGCACAAACCCAAGGACUACCACUCCAAGAGCUGCUCCCUCUUCUGCAGACUUUAUUCCGUUUUCGUUGUACUCACACUUGCUUCAGGGGAGACAACCUCCUAGGCCUUUUCAUAUGGGUGCCCCAUGCUAUGUGAGACACGCAAGAGUGCCUUCUGCUUCACUAGUAUCAGGACGACCAGUCCAGCCAUUUCCAGCACCAUGGACAGGGCCACCCCCUCUGUCAUCUAGAGUUGCCCCAAACCUUGGAGCAAGGUGUUAUACAAGCCAUAGUGCGACGCAAAAUGCCAAACCUGUUGCUUAUGAGAUUGACCCUUGUGAAGAUAUUGGUAAUGUAAAUAGAGACCCCUGUGAUAGAGAGGAUCCCAGGCUUACAGUUGACAGCAUGAUACCCAGAAGGUGGGAGUACACGGCCUUUGGGAGAUCUCAUCAGGCACAACCCAGGUCCGGGGUAGAGCUGACCGUCCUGUCUUACAAUGUACUGUCCCAGCGUCUUCUGGAGGACAAUUCUUUCCUCUAUCCUCACUGCUAUGAUGAUGCCCUUGACUGGAACAAAAGGAAGACACGAAUCAUGGAUGAGCUUGUGUCCUGUCAGCCAGAUGUGAUGUGUUUACAGGAGAUUCAGGCAGACCAUUAUACAGACUACUUCUUACCAAAGCUUUCAUCAGCAGGGUAUGAAGGUGUGUAUCAGAAGCGAACAGGAGAUAAACCUGAUGGUUGUGCUGUUUUUGUAAAUCGCAGAAAACUUGCAAUUGCUCAAGCUUUCCCUGUCCUAUACAAUAGAGGGGACAUUCUAAACCGAGACAAUAUAGCUCUCAUUGUUCAUCUGAGGUCCAAGAAUGCCAGUGCCAAAAGACAGGCCGAUGUCUUCAUAGCUACAACCCAUCUUCUGUUCAACCCCAAAAGAGGUGAUAUCAAACUCGCUCAGUUGUCAGUGCUUAUGGCUGAACUGGACAGACUGGCGCACAAAGGAACAGUGUCAGGUGGUUUCCCAGGCUACGCCCCGGUUAUUCUAUGUGGAGACUUUAAUGCAGAACCUCACAGUGAUAUUUAUAAGUUUGUGAUUCGGGGCUACCUGAAGUACGAAGGACUCUUGUGUCGCCAGCUCUCAGGCCAGAGAGAGAAGCAUUUUGGGAGAGACGUUUACCUUUCCAACCAGCUCCUUUCUCCCAAACUGGGCAUCACAGAUCAGUGUCAGUAUGUGAGAAACCUACAUGUCAGAAACAUACCCAUCCCAGAGGACAUAUGGGCAGCUUGUGUGGGUAGUGAUGGACCUGACAGACCAGACAACAGAGAGGUCUGUGCCUGUUCCCCUUCACCAGUGGACUCCACAGGCCCUCCGUGGAGGAUGCACAGCGCAGUUCGCCCAGGGCAUCGUAAUGUUCCCAAAGUAUCCCAGGGACUGGGUUGCUUGUGGCACAACCUUAACUUUGUGUCCGCUUACAACCAUACUAUUGAGCGUCUGGGUCAUAGCAGAAAUGAGAUUACCACCCAGCACGAGCAUGCCAGCUGUACACUGGACUAUAUCUUCUACAAUGUACGAAGGAAACGCACUCACACGCAGAGGAAUCGCGUGAGGCUCCAGAACGUUGAGGAAGACAAGCUGUGUCUGAUUGGUAGAUACGGGCUUCUGUCUGCUCAGGAAAUCCAUGACCUUGGGGGACUUCCUAAUAAGUACUUAGGAUCAGAUCACCUUGCGUUACUGGCAAAGUUUCUAUUAAAAUAUUCGUGACUUUACAGACCUGACAUUCCAGUUAAAACUCUGAGUGCCAUAUACUGAGAUUCAGAUGACAGUGUAAUACAUGGCCUGGGCAACUUUCAGAAAGAUUUAAAUUGUAGUUGAAAGUCAUGUUAUCCCGGUUUUUGAUUUGCAAGAUAAUUUAUAGUUGGAAAACAACUGUCAUUCAUAUUUAUAUUUUAUAUAUAACAAAAUUAUAAUAGGUGAUAGUUCUUUUCUCAUCAUGAGUGUCUAUCAUGUUUGAUCACUCCCAAUCCACCUCCCAAAGUAGUGUUUAAAGUUGAUUGCAAAGUGAAUUCGUCUAGUUUCUUGAUUGUGUACAUACAUUUCUAAACUUUUUGAGUA